AGAGCUGGAGCUGUAGAAACAAGUGAAAUCUAUUAAUCACCCUCACUGCGAAACACCGUCGUGGCCCGCCCUAGAAUUAGAACCCGAUUUCAAGCAAAAGAGAAAGAAGAAGGAAACAAUUUUGUGUUAGCUUGAGAGAUUCAUAUUCACCAGCAACAGCAAGCACGUACAAUAGAUACACUACCACACAGCUUUUAUAUCUUAAUUAGGUCGUUAGCUCUGAACUUCCCGAAGCUAUUCUCAUAUUCCAAUAUUCCAAUUUCUUCUGGAAAACGAAGAAGAAAGAAAACUAAUGUCGAAAGAUUCUGAGAAGAGGUUCCAUUCCAUCAUGGACAAGCUCUUUUUCGCUCCCAAAUCUGCGCCAAGCUCCACUUCCAGUUCAUCGAGUGUACAAACAUCAAGAGGCAAAAAGCGAGCAAAUCCAUCUUCUGCAUUGGCAUUGGUGCAACCAAAAUCGAGAAGUGAUAGAGUGGAGGCCUCGCGGCAUUUGUCAGUUCCCCCUGCACCGGCUCAUGCUCCACUCUGUAGGCCAUGGGACCGUGGGGAUCUUAUGAGGAGGGUAGCUACAUUCAAGUCUAUGACUUGGUUUGCCAAGCCUAAGGUGGUCAGUGCUAUAAAUUGUGCCAGAAGAGGUUGGAUCAAUGUAGAUACGGAUAUAAUAGCAUGUGAAUCAUGUGGGGCACGUCUCUUCUUUUCUACUCCAUCAUCUUGGAAUCAGCAGCAAGUUGAGAAGGCAGCCUUGGUAUUUAGUUUAAAGCUGGACAACGGACAUAAAAUACUUUGUCCAUGGAUUGACAAUACUUGUGAUGAAAUACUGGCAGAGUUUCCACCUACCCCGCCUCCGGUUUUAGUUGAUAAAUUUAGAGAACGCUGCUCUGCUCUAUUACAACUUUCAGUUCUUCCUGUGAUUUCUUCUUCAGCCAUUCAGUACAUGAAGAGCCCUCAGCUCGAGCAAUUUCUUGGACAGUCUUCUAUGUUUUAUGGCAAUGGGUAUGGCGACAUUGCUAGAACAGAACAUUCUGACAAUGAAGGCAGUGCAGAUUCUGCUAAGUUGUAUUAUCAGUUUUUGCAGGCACAAAAGCUCAUAAGCUUAUGCGGCUGGGAACCUCGUUCACUACCGUAUGUUGUUGAUUCUGAGAACAGACUAAAUCAUUCAGUCAUGAAGGCAAAUAUUUCAAGUUCAUCUCAUUCAGCUACUAAUGGACAAAAUCCAAGCAUCAAUGUGCACUCUACUAGUAAUGAUGAACUUGUGGAGGUAGAGAGAAAUGCCAGCACUUCUAGUUCUAUACAGUCUGAACCCAAUUCUGUUGUCUUAGAUUGCAAGCUUUGUGGAGCCAGUGUAGGAUUAUGGGCUUUCUCAACAGUUCCACGGCCUCUGGAAUUUUUCAGAUUAGUUGGGUAUGCAGAAGUACAUUCUGAAAGCCAUCCUGGAACCCCUGAUUCAAGCACUAAAAAUCAUCUUGACAGUAGGGUAGAUACUGUAGGUGCUGGCUCAGAUGGUGCAACAUUGUCGAAGGAGAGGUUCUCAAAUUUAAAUUUGACAAUUGCUGGGGGUCCUCCACCAACAAAACAGAACUUCAAAGCAACAAUUUCUUUACCUGUUAUUGGCCGGAAUUUAAGGGCCCGGUUUUCAUAUGAUUCUGAGUUUAGAGAUUGUGUGUCUGUUAGCCAAGAAGUUAUGCAAUCUGAUUCCCAGAUGGAUAAGGGGGACAAACACUACCGAGAAAAUGCAGGAAAUGUCGGAUUGGAGAAUUCAGAAGUCAGGGACCCUGGAACAGCCUCUGACGCCAAUAUCACAUAUGAAAAUAGUGAAACGGACAAAAAUGACUCACUGGUGAUGGUUUCUAACGAAGGAAAAUUGUUACAAUCAGGAAUCGUUGUGGAUGGCAGCGAAAAACAAGAUUCUCCAAGUGUUCCAUCUAACUUGGAAGACAAUGCAGAUGUUAACAGCUCCAUAACUGAUGCCCAACCCACCUCAAACUGCGAGGGUAGUGAAAACAGAGUGCAAAUUCCCAUAAACAAUGAACUUGUGGCCUGCAGUAGUGUGAAGGACCCAACGCAUGUAUUGCCUGGUAGCACGAUGGAGUUUGAUCCUAUCAGGCAGCAUAGAUAUUUCUGCCCCUGGAUUGCAUCAGCAGGUAAUGGAGCACCUGGAUGGAAACAAACACUAUCUGCUUUACAACGACAGGAAGGGGGUUCUCCUUCAUCUAAAUCCAUAAUUAAGGUCGAUGACCCUGUCACUUCAAUCAGAAAUCUUUUCACGUCUCCUUCUCCAAAAAGAAUGAAGCCAACUGUUUUAACUCAAAACACUAAACAGUAGCUGACUGAUUUUUUGCCACCCGUAAAAUGUUAUCCAAGGAGGUCCAGGAUUGGUUGUGAUAUGAGGUUAGGUUGUAGCAUCCUCCAUUCGAAUGUCCCUCUCUCAUGGCAUCAAAACCCAUUUGAAAGCUUUAGAAGUGUUGUACUAUAUUACAAGAUUAGAGUGUAACAUUCCUUUAUUGCCCAACUUAAAAACUGUAACAUUCUCCUUAUCAGCUGGGCAACUUGCGGUUUAAAUAAACACAGUUAUCAAA